CAGUGAUCGAGUUUUAAUAUAUUUUGAUUGUAACAAGGAUUUGUAUACUGAUUGAUCUGCAACAACGAGGAAUAGAUUUUUAAUAAGAAUUUCCUCCACAAUUCUACACACUUUUACUUGGUGGUCUAUGAGUUACCAUGGCAACAMUGAAGCACUUCAAAGUGUACCACUCCAUAGCUACAAUGACGAUAUCAUAAGCCYCGAAAGUGGAGGGCAGAAUYCCGCGGGACAAGAGCAUGGACCAGAGGAUCAAGMCAAYMCAUCAUCACCUUAUGUUCGCUUUCAGCAAGAAAUUCGUCAAAGUUUGUGUCAGCUUUGCCGUGAAAUUCAAACAAGGAUYUAUCGAUCUAUAACGAUACGAGGACUACCGAGAUUAUUUCUUCUUCGACGACUAUUUUGUUUGUAUUGGAUUCUUGUAGUAUGUCUCUUAAUAUUUCUAAAACUUUAUUUUCCACUGUACCUAACAAGCACUGUUAGYAGAAACACUUUGGAAGAAUUCCGUKKAGACUGGUGCCGGGUACGGACUUCACGGAAUGAUUGGCGAUCUUUACUGGCGCCGUGUCAGCAUGCAACACAAUGGCAACGUUACCCUGGGGGGUGGUCUAAGGUUAAUAAUACAGAUCCGGACUUGAGUUAUGUGUCRUUAAUGAGUAUUAAGGAAGCGGGGGAUUUUAGUCGAUUUAGUAUACAAACACAGACUUCGGACGGUCGCAUUAAGCAUAUUGGAGGUGACUCGUGGCGGGUAUUUAUCCAYGGUCCCUCUUCAUUCGCACCGACAAUCAUCGACCACAAUAAUGGAACAUACGAGGUAUUGUUUCUCGUCAUGGAACCCGGAGAYUAUACGGCAAAUGUGGUACUUGACUAUACACUUUGCGAGGGCUACAAAGAYCCACCGGAGAAGUGGUUUAUAGCCGGAAAUAUCCACGGGGCAGCGCAACCGCCAGGGAUUUUGGGUACACAWCGUCAUUUUCUGAAYCAGCCAUUAUGGCAAGGCUCACCGCUGACYUUUCAUGUACCGCAGGCUCGUGGUCCAUUGAGAAAGGAUGAAUUUCUUAGCUACGGUUUUGGCAGUGCGUUAUCUUGUGGAGAACAUUGCAACUCGUGGUUAUUGGAUGGUUAUGGACGCUGGACGAAUGGAACGUGGGUACCUUAUAUACCAGAUAAUCUACUGUCGAACAAUGCCUUCCUCAGACGAGAGGGAGUCCUGUGGAUAUACGGAGACUCGAAUGCUUUACGUCUGCACAAWUCAAUCCAGAACCGCAACCUUUGCACGUCAAUCUUCAAAAGCUGCGGCUCCACCUACAACUGGAUUUACACCGUGAAAAAUUCCACUGUCGAAAAACACUGGCAUGAUCUUCGCGACUUUGACGUCGAAAGAGUUAUGGAGGAACUGAAGUCUGUUCUCUUCAAACCUGAAUUGAACAACACAAAAAGCGUGCUGAUUUUGAACUUUGGUUUGCAUUUUAUUUCCGCAAUUCCGUUUGAAAGUUUUCAGAAGCUAAUAAAUAGAACAGUUGAAGUUUUUCAUGAAAUUAAGGAAGGACUAAACGGAUCUGACCGUUUCCAUGGUGACUUGAUAUGGAAAUCAACAACAUCUAUGAAYAGAGAGAAGAUCCCUAAUCCGCAUUAUAAUGGACGGAGGUUUAUGACCCAUCAGAGAGUCCUUUUAUUCAAUUCAUACGCAUCGUGGGCGAUGUGCCGGGCUGGUAUCAAGAUCCUGGAUGUCUACCCGAUAUCUGCAUCGUUUCCKGGGGGUACCGGAUCCCCGAGAAAUGUUGAGGACAGUGUGCAUUUUAAAAACUGCGUGUUUGACUCUGUGAUCACGGCAUUAGAGAACUACUAUGGWAGCAGGGUGUAUUUUGAACAGUUUGGUAAUUCUUGUUAUUUAAUCUCMCGACCUGGGCAUCUGUAAUAUUUGAAGUACAUGAAUGGUCAAUUAUGCAUGAGGCAUUUGCAUUUACAUUAAACAUGACAAUUUUUGUAGAAAAUUAAAAGGAAAGGAGUUCGCCUCUUUCAGACAUGAACAAGAAACCACCUUGAGAGUCACCACUCGUUCAACUUUAUUCCACUCGCGCGUCCCAAAUCUUCCAGUAACGUCCCAAACAAAAGACUCUGAAUUUCCCAAGUAUUAUUUCUGUUGUUUUUUUUCAUAAAAAAAAUGGAGUUUUAAAUUCGACAGGUGUGAUUCGGAGUCAAUCAUGAAGACAAUCAUGAAGACAUUUUUUUUAUUUCUAUUAUUCUUCUAUUCAGUACCACCAGUGAGACUUUAAAAACAAUAUGGAGACUAUCUGAAUGUUUGUUGUCUGGUUUCCUUGGCUUCAUCGAAAAGCUGUYUAUACUCGAACAGUCGAAUUCUACUGUUCAACUCCGCUUUUGUUUCUAAGCACUCGUCCACCGAAUAAAUCAAUGUGCACGUAAUUACUGUUAAACAAUGGAGUUUGAAUCGGGCAUAUUAAUUAUUAAAUUGUUUUCGUUUGAAAUAAGAAUACUUUCAAUUAAACAGAUACGCGUUUCCAUUGAAAAUAAAAGAUCUUUAUUUGUUUUUUUGUUUUCUUUUUGUUUGCAGACUAUUACAAUGUGAUACUGAUAGUUUGUAUUGCUGAAUUAAGUUCGGAACUUUCACUGCAUGGUUCCACUCGAAAAGCGCAUUUUAAUUUAAAAUAGCGUUUCAACUAUAAUGUACGUAUACAGUUUUUUGCAUAUAGUAUAAUAAA